CUCCAGGAGUCAGCUCCCCGCCCCGCCUGGUGGAAGCUCCGGGGACCAGCGGGGUCGAGUGGGAGGGUUUACGAUUUAACAGUGCCAUUUCCGGGAGGCGGAGCUCAGGCACCCAUUUUCUUUCUCGCUGCUGAGCCUCAGUGCUUUGGAGACCCCACGUCGACCCCCUUGAGCAGCCUGUCCGGGCCCGGCCGCAGCAUGGGCGGCGCGCGGGACGUGGGCUGGGUUGCGGCAGGCCUGGUCUUGGGCGCCGGCGCCUGCUACUGCGUUUACAGACUGACCCGGGGCCAGCAGCGGGGUAGCGGUGGGCGCCGGCUUCGCCCUUCGCGGUCCGCAGAAGACUUAACCAGUGAUUCAUGUGAUGAUGUUCUAAAUGCUGAACAACUUCAGAAACUCCUUUACCUGCUUGAAUCAACUGAGGAUCCUGUAAUUAUGGAAGGAGCCUUGGUCACUCUGGGCAACAAUGCAGCGUUUUCAGCUAACCAAGCUGUUAUUCGUGAAUUAGGUGGUAUUCCAAUUGUUGGAGACAAAAUCAACCAUCCAAACCACAGUAUUAAAGAGAAAGCUUUAAAUGCACUAAAUAACCUGAGUGUGAAUGUUGAAAAUCAAAUCAAAAUAAAGAUAUACAUCAAACAAAUCUGUGAGGAUGUCUUCUCUGGUCCCCUGAACUCUGCUGUGCAGCUUGCUGGACUGAGAGUGUUAACAAACAUGACUGUUACCAAUGACCACCAACACAUGCUGAAAAGUUACAUUACAGACCUGUUCCAGGUGUUACUUACUGGAAAUGGAAACACGAAGGUUCAAGUGUUGAAGCUGCUUUUAAAUUUGUCUGAGAACCCAGCCAUGACAGAAGGACUACUCAGUGCCCAGGUGGAUUCAUCAUUCCUUUCCCUUUAUGACGGCCAUGUAGCUCAGGAGAUUCUUCUUCGAGUACUCACACUAUUUCAAAAUAUAAAUAACUGCCUCAGAAUGGAAGGUCAGUUAGCUACUCAGCCUCCUUUCUCUAAAGGUUCAUUGUUUUUCCUGUUAUAUGGAGAAGAAUGUGCCCAGAAGAUGAGAGCUCUAGUUUAUCAUCAUGAUGUAGAUGUGAAAGAAAAGGCUCUAACAAUAAUACCAAAAUUCUGAUUGGUUGAUCAUAUUUUUCCAAAGAGUAAUGCAGUCUGGAAGUUAAUACUCCGAAAAUUAUUUUCCAUUUUCCUUAUAGAGGGAUUCUUUCAGCUAUUGAAUUCGAGCAGCAAAUAUCACUUUUCAUCUUUAACAUAG